CUUUGCGAUCCAUUCAUUAAAUUCAAAGAGAAGAAGAGGAACUACAGCUGAAUGAGGAAGGAAGUGUUUUAUAUUUCGGCGCUCGGUUUAAUUUCUGUGAGCAUCCAGAGCCGGUGUGAGCUGUGAGUUAACAGCUCCACCAAACCAGUGGCUGUAUAUAUAUUAUUUUUUUAAACCUCUCUGACGGACUCUCCUCUUCAGUGAUGGAGUACGGAAAGGACAGAGUGGUGGCGUUAGUGGACAUGGACUGCUUUUACGUCCAGGUGGAGCAGAGGCUCAACCCAGCUCUGAAGAACACCCCCUGUGUGGUGGCCCAGUACAAGACGUGGAAGGGGGGCAGUAUCAUAGCUGUGAGUUACGAGGCCAGGGCCCAUGGCGUCACCAGGAACAUGUGGGUGGACGAUGCAAAGAUACUGUGUCCAGAUCUCCAGGUGGCACGAGUGCGCGAGUCUCAUGGCAAGGCAGACCUGACGCAUUACAGGGAGGCGAGUGUGGAGGUGAUCGAGGUGAUGUCUCGCUUUGCUGUGAUUGAGAGAGCCAGCAUUGAUGAGGCCUACAUGGAUCUGACUGCGGCGGUCCAGCAGAGGCUGAAAAACAUGGCCGACACACAAAUUGAGGAUCACCUCAGGACGACCUACUUCCAGGGGUACCCAAAAACGGAACAGAAACAGGAAGCACCUGCAGAGGGUGCUGCCUUAGAUAAAGAGGAGCAGAGGUCCAGAGGUCUCCAGCAGUGGCUAGCGUCUUUACCUGUCCCUGCAUUGGGCGGGCAGAGCUCUGCAGAACUGCAGCUCACAGUGGGGGCACUCAUUGUUGAGGAAAUGAGGGCAGCUGUGGAGAAACACACAGGCUACCGCUGUUCAGCAGGGAUAUCUCACAAUAAGGUAUUGGCCAAACUAGCCUGUGGUCUGAACAAACCUAACAGACAAACCGUCCUGCCUCUGGACUCUGUGACAGAACUUUUUAACUCUCUACCCAUCAGCAAGAUCCGUAACCUGGGGGGUAAGCUGGGUGUCUCCAUUACAGAAACUCUAGAAAUAGUGAACAUGGGAGAUCUAACUCGCUUCUCUCAGGCCCAACUGGCACAGCACUUUGGAGAAAAGACAGGCCAGUGGCUGUAUGACUUGUGUCGGGGGAUUGACUUUGAAGCAGUGAAACCCAGACAGCUUCCAAAGUCCAUCGGCUGCAGUAAAAACUUCCCAGGCAAGACAUGUCUGGCUACCAAAGAGCAGGUGCAGUUUUGGCUUCAUCAGUUGGCCCUUGAGCUUGAAGAGAGGCUGAUCAAAGACAGAGAAGUGAAUGGUCGAGUGGCUAAGUCGCUGACAGUUGGCGUACGUCAGCUUGGGGAUAAGAGGCCGAGCAGUUUCUCACGCUGUUGUGCUUUAGUGCACUACGAAGCGACCAAACUAUCCACUGACAGCUUUUCCAUUAUCAAGAGCCUCAACACAGCAGGGAACCAGCAGGCAGCGUGGACUCCACCCCUGACCCUGCUACAGCUCUCAGCUAGCAAAUUCAGUGAUGCUCCAUCAGCAGGGGCCAUGGCUGGCUUUCUCUCCAGUGAUGUCACUUCAACUCAGAGUGUUUCCUCCACCACUCAGUCCUCCACCAAGGCACCCUCUGAAUUGAAAAAUGACUCCACAUGCACACAACCUGGCACCAUCCAGUCAUUCUUUCAGAAGGCAGCCGAGAAACAGAAACAGAAGGUUACAAAAUGUGAAGACGAGGCGGAUGAUGACGACAUGGACCCUUCUCAUAAAACAUCUGCUGCUGAUACUCAGUUGGAGACAGACACCAAUUCUGUUUCUUCAUUUACACCUUCCUCUCAGUCUAAAAAUGUCUCAGUGAGCCCCCAAUCUGGCAUUUCCUCUUUCUUCCACAAGAAGACCCUUCAAAGAAGCUUACAGGCCUCAGGCUCAACAUUGAACAAGCUUGACAUGGGACACAUACCUGAGCCUGUCAGUAAAGAGAACCCUGAAGACACUGUGAUGAAACAUACCUCAGAGUUUACCUCUCACCAGUCACAAUGUGAAGAAUUAAGGGAUGAAGUGGACAUUGAUCCGAAGUUAAAUGACCAGCCUCCCAGUGUGGCCAAAGAGGACCUGUUAACCUGUGAACGUUGUGGCGAGGAAGUGUUGGUCUGGGAAAUGCCUGAACACAAUGACUAUCACUUUGCCCUGGAUCUCCAGAAUUCACUCUCUUCAUCCGCAAGCUCAGCAACCGUCUCGUCCUCUACCCUCUCUUCUUCUUCUCCAUCUUCGGUCAGAGUAGGAGCAGCAGGCACAGCCCAGUCCUUCCGGGGCAAGACAAAAACCAAAGGCCAGUCAGGACCCCAACCGAAAAGGCAACGUUCCCAAGGCGGAAGCACAGGUACUCUGGAUUCAUUUUUUAAAAGGAGCUGAAGAUGUGCUGUAAAACUGCUUUUUUUUAAAAAAACACAACACGAAUAUCUGAAAAUGUCCUAAUGAUGAAUAUUAUUGUCCUUUUUAAAUUAUAAAAAUAUGUUACAGAAAGUGUUUAUUUAUGUACUUUGUUUCAAUUGUGCUUUUCAUUGUGAAGAGGAACGCAUUAGAUUUGUAAACCAGAGUAUAUUAAAGAUGCUUUUAACAUUU